AUUCAGAACUAAAAGUAAUAGGUUGUUGUUGCUGUUUUAUUGGUCUCCUGUCUCUCUGUCCCUCAGGAGCCGCAAUGGACCAAAAUCAAUGCGGCUACUCGGGACCCUAUAUAAAGAACCAACCCAGCAGAGGAUCAGAGCUGAGAGUCAUCCUGGUGGGCAAAACAGGAACAGGUAAAAGUGCCACAGGGAACAGCAUCCUGGGGAAGCAAGCCUUUGUGUCCCAGCUGUGCGCCCAGGCCUUCACUAAGACCUGCAGUGAAAGUCGAGGAAGCUGGGGUGAGAGAGAGAUGGUCAUCAUUGACACACCAGAUAUAUUUUCUGAGAAGGGCCACUCUGAUCUGUACACAGAGGUGCAGAGGUGCUACCUGCUGUCGGCCCCAGGACCCCAUGUGCUACUCCUGGUGACGCAGCUAGGCCGAUUCACCACCCAGGACCAGCAGGCCGCACAGAGGGUCAAGGAGAUCUUUGGAGAGGAUGCCAUGAAACACACAAUUGUCCUCUUCACCCACAAGGAAGACCUCGAUGGAGGCUCCUUGAUGGAUUACAUCUACGACUCAGAAAAUAAAGCCCUAG